AUGUUUCUGGACCUGCCCCAACCCAGCAUUUCUCAGCCAGAACCUCGGGACUUCGACUACAAACCGCGGAGCCGGGCAGCUAGUGCGCCAGAUAGGAGGAGGAACUCCGCCUCAGACUUCCUGACCUCUGACCAUGUUCGGGUCCGCAAACGCGCGGCAAUGCGAAGAGCCAGAGCUUGCGCAACAGGUAGCGAGCUGGCCGCAGACGUCAAUGGAUCUGGUUAUCAGAGAGCUGAGUGGUCUUCAGAGCUGUGUCAAAAUGGCACGCCGUUUGCUGUACUCGUGCAGCAGCUGGAGGCAGAACAGCAUGACUGUGAAUCGCCCGUUGUCCAAGCACUGCUACAUGAAGUUUGUGUGGCAGCAGCAGAUGAGCGAUCGAAGAGGCUUUUGUGUAGAGCUGGCCUGCACAAGACCCUUGCCAGCCUUCUGUUCAGUGUGGCCAGUUGCCGGAGGCACGAUUUGGCACAAGCAGCGUUGUGCAGCCUUUGGAACCUGGCCGGUCCCAUGGACCUGCGAGCAGAAGUUGCGCAGACUUGUGUAGCCCAUGCCCUGGGAGACACCGUGGAACGUUUGGGUGCCUCCCUGGAGAUCCUGGAAUGGACUGCGCGUGUUGCAUGGCUCCUUGCGGAAGAUCCUUCGGCCGCCGAGGUUUUGGUAGCUUGCAAUGUCCCAGAGGUCUUGGAGCGCGCAGCUCCUGGCCCAGAAAGCCCUGAGGUUCAACGCUGGGUCAACCGGGCCGUUUGCCGGAUGGUGCAGUCGUUAGACUAG